CUUGAUAAUUAAUGGCCUAUGACCUCUGUUUAUUUGCAAGUCCAGUUAGAGCACGAAAGGAAUACAUUUGGGCAAGAUGUUGAAGGGACGACCACUUCAGUACUUCGGCACUUGUAUAGCGCUUCUAAACAUGCUGGGAAUGGGCAUGCAUGUGGGCUGGCCUUCGCCGUUCUUACCAGUACUUGAACGAGACCCACUCACUAGUAUAACAAAGGACGAAGGGUCAUGGAUCGCUACAACGUAUCUGAUUGCCGGUCCUGUGGGUUCCAUAAUUGCAGGUAUUGCACUUAACAAAAUUGGGCGCAAGAGGUCGUUACUGCUAUCGGCGCUGCCUUUCUUAACAUCGUGGAUUAUCAUCGCCAUCACUCAACGCCUCGGCUUCCUUCUUCUGGCGAGAUUCAUCGCAGGAAUCGGCGGAGGUGCUAUCUACAGCGUCCUUCCAAUUUACAUAAGUGAAUUAGUCGAUCCUCCAAUACGAGGCUUUUUAAUUUCAGUUAUGGGCACGUUAACUAUAGUCGCCUCUUUAUUUAUUAACAUUUUAGGUUACUAUGUGAACAUAACGUAUUCCUCGCUUAUUUGCACGCUGCCGUCUGUCGUAUUUCUACUUUUCUUUCCCUUUAUUCCUGAAACACCGAAUUACUACAUAGUUAAUGGAAAGAUCGACGUCGCGCGGAAAGUGCUCAGCCAAGUUCGUGGACGCCAAAUAGAUGCCGAGGAAAUUCAAGAACUUGUGGAAUCUAACGAGAAAGGGUUAGCAAAAGCGGGCGUUCUAGAUCUUUUUAAAAUUGCGAGCAAUAGAAAAGGGCUUUUCGUUUGUUUGGGCACGAUGGGCGCCCAGCAGCUCGCCGGUAUAGUGCCUAUUAUAUUUUACACGCAAACCAUUUUUGAAAAAGCCGCUGCAGAUUUUCCUGUGAUAGCCUCAACUUCAUUGCUUUACGUACUUUUAAUUGUAUUUUCUGCAGUCUCUUCUGCGAUUGUCGAUAGACUUGGACGACGUCCCCUGCUUAUAACAUCAAUCUCAUGUUGCUGUGUGGCCCUUUUGAUGGAAGGAGUGAAUCUAUACCUUAAAAGUCAAGGUGGGUUGAAUAGCAUCGGAUUAUCCUGGAUGACUCUAGGCGAUCUGUCUUUUUUGGUAAUCGGGUACAGUAUUGGACUGUUGGUACUCCCAUCAGUUUUUCUGAGUGAACUUUUUCCUUUAAACGUAAAAGGAUUAGCUGUUGGCUUCUGUAACAUAUAUUUCUCUGUAGUGGCAGCUGCCGUAUCUAAACUGUUUCAAAUUACUAGUGAUCAUUACGGACUACACGUACCAUUUUUUGUGUUCUCCGCUUCUUCCUUUCUCUCCUUGGUAUUUGCGGUGAUUGUAGUUCCAGAAACAAAAAAUAAGUCACUGGAACAAAUCCAGAUAGAUCUGCGUAAUAAAGAUGAACAUAAUAAAGGCGAACAAACACAUUUGUUGAAGAAAUACUGCUCAGAACAAUGAUACGAUACGCUAUCAAUUUCUAAUACGUUGUAUAGUACCUAUGGCCAUUCGCAAAAUGCGUACCCUUAAUUUUAUAUACCUAGCCAAUAAAUUCAAAUUUUAUCCUUA